AUGGACGGCGGACCGCGCCAGAAGGACAUGGCCGAUCGCAUCAAGGCCCAGGUCAAGCGGCAGGCCAGCCACCGACGGCACCGGCAGUACAUGGAAGUCCUCGAGACAGGUACGCGGAGCGUGCAUCUCGGAGCUGGAGGGCAAGGAGGCAGCGCCGUCAACGGGCUCAACGGGCUCGACAACAACAACAACAACAACAACAACAACAACAACAACAACAACAACAGCAACAGCAACAGCAACAGCAGCAGCAUCAGCACCACCGGUCCAGUCUACGAGGUGCUGCCGAGAGAAGGGGAGGUGAACAGGGGAGAUAGGGAGUUCGGCAUCGUCGAGUUCCUGACCAGCGACAGAGACGAGUGCGAUAACUCCCACUCCCACUCCAACGGGUGGUCGUCCUCAUCGGCCACCACCCCUCCCGACGGCAGCAACGGCGGUGACGGCAACGACAACAACAACAACUACAACAACAACAACUACAGCUACAGUGGCCACGAAUCCGACGAGAUGAGCGUGCACUUCAUCAUGAUCUACCUAGACUACAUCUUCCCCUACCUGUUCCCCUUCUACCGGCCUCCCGUCCUGAGCGGCGGCCGCGGCUGGGUCCUCGACAUGCUCCACAGGAACAGGACCGUCUACCACACGGCCAUCUCGCUGGCCUCGUACUUCUUCGGCACCACCAUGUCGGGCGGCAAGAUGCCCCUGUCCCGGUGCAACCGGGAGAUGGGCCGGCGCCUGCAGGACCAGCUGGAGAUGGGCCUGCGCGAGCUGCACCGCGAGAUCUCCCGCAUCAACAGCCGGCCGGGGGGUCCGGACGUGCCGGAGAAGCUGGCGGCCAUGCAGAGCAUCGUCAACAUGGUCGUCUUCGAGGUCGCCAUCAACAGCAGCGACAGCUGGAGGGUCCACCUCGACGCCGCCAUGGCCCUGUUCACCCAGAUCAUCCCCGACCCGUCCCGCUGGUCCGACACCCUCCAGGGCCUGCGCGGCCGGAGCUGGCCCCCGCCGUCCAUGGGCGCCCGGCGGCCCUGGAGCUCCGACCAGGCCGCCCUGCGCUUCUUCACCGCCAACCUCGUCAAGAUGGACGUCCUGUCCAGCAUCGCGCUCGACCGCCAUCCUCGCCUGACGUCCUACCUCGACGCCGUCGCCCCCGACCUCGUCUCCCCGGAGGACCGCCUCAUGGCCUCGAGGGCCGGGCCCCUCGCCCUCGACGACUUCGUCGGCCUGGAUAACGCCACCCUGCGCGUCGUCGGCGCCGCGUCGUCCCUCGACACCUGGAAGAAGGAGCAGCUGCGCGCCGGGAGGACCCCGACCGCCGCCGAGCUGGCCUCCAGGGCCUCCCCCCUCCUCGACAUCCUGCUCUGCCGACUCUCCGCGCUCGACGACCUGGAGAGCCGCGCCGGCCCGCCGGCCUCCGCCGUGUCUCCGUACGGCGUCGCAGACCUCCUCUUCCACCUCGGAAUCAGCGCCGACAGAGGCUCCCACGACGAUCCUGCCCGCGUAGCCUUCUCCAGGAUCUGGCUGCUCGCCAUACUCGCCUACCUCCACACCAUCAUCCAGGGGUGGAAGCCCGACCACCCGGAUAUUAAGCGCUGCGUCUCGGCCGUCACCGAUGCCGCACGUGCGACUCCCUACGGCCCGUGCGUGCGCGGCGUCGCCUUACCCAUCUGCAUCGCCGGCUGCCUGGCGCCCCGCGAGGACGAGACGGUCUACCGUGGGACUAUCUCGGGCCUCGGCCCUCUUCACGGCUUCGGUUCCAUGAAGGACGUCGUCGCUAUACUGGACGAGGUCUGGCGCAGGAGAGAUCAGCUCGACGAUUCGUGGGACGUCGCCAAGUGCCUGCGUGUGCUGGGCCAUCCGACCCUCAUCAUAUAG